AUGUCUUUGGCCAAUUUGUCCUUCCUCAGUGUUCUCAAUCUCGAGAACAACAACUUCCGCGGUGGCAUCCCUUAUGAACUUGGCUACUUGCCUCGCUUGCGAGUGAUUGAUAUUCAAAACAAUCAGCUCAACGGAAGUAUACCAACAAGUCUAUUUCAACACCAAGGAGUUCAAGUAAUUUCAUUGGCUUUCAAUGAACUCGGUGGUGAAAUGUGGAAAGGCCUAUGGUAUGUACCCGAACUCAGAGUCUUGGAUCUCACCAACAAUAACCUCACGGGUAUGAUCCCUCCUUCUGUUGGAAAUGCCACAAAAAUGAUGAACUUCAGUUUGUCUGGGAAUAGAGUCAGCGGCAACAUUCCAAAGGAGGUCGGUAAUCUGAGCCAGCUUGCAUUUUUGUACUUGUUCGAUAAUCAAUUAACAGGUUCCAUUCCCGCAACACUGUUUAAUAUGUCGUCACUAUUUGUCCUAUCUCUGGGAAAUAAUAUCCUUUCUGGUCCUCUCUUGGUAGAUGAAGGGAACAUUGUCUCAAAUAUGAACGUUGUAAGUAUAUCUCUCAAUCAAAUUUCUGGUUGCAUUCCUUCCAACAUGUGCCAACUCACAGACCUCAAACUUUUGUCCAUAUCAUUCAACAACAUAACUGGAGACAUACCCAGAAAUAUUGAUUGUUUAUCCAAACUCAAGAUGUUUCUUGUUGGAGAUAAUCCAAUAAAAGGGACUAUUCCCACUUCAUUGGGAAAUAUUUCCACUCUGCAAUAUCUUUAUUGUGAAAACAAUCGCAUAGUUGGGCAAAUUUCUCCAGAAUUAGGGAAGCUAUCAAAUUUGAGGGAAUUAUUCUUUGACAAUAAUUAUAAUCUUAUUGGUCAAAUUCGUAAGGCUAUUUUCAACAUAUCUUCUUUGGAAGUUAUUGAUUUCAGUUUCAACAACCUCUCGAGCAGAAUUCCAACCACUACAGGUCUUCAUCUUCCAAACAUUAAGCAACUUAUCUUGGGAGACAAUCAGCUGGAAGGAGAAAUUCCAUUGUUCAUUACAAAUGCUUCCAAGCUUAGAAUUCUUGGAUUUGUCUUUAAAUGUAUUGUCAGAAGAAAGGAAAGUCCAAAGUAUGUUGAACAGGUACUGGAGAUCGGGACUCGUCAUUUAGUUUCUUAUCACGAGAUUCAACGAGCAACAAAUAAUUUUGAUGAAUCCAAUUUAAUUGGUGAGGGAAGCUCUGGCUCUGUGUACAAAGGCACAUUAUCUAGUGGAACUGCAGUGGCCAUUAAGGUUCUAGAUUUGGAAAAUGAGAAAGUAUGCAAGAGGUUUGAUACCGAAUGUGAAGUGAUGAGAAAUGUUAGACACAGAAAUCUUGUUCCAGUGAUUACUACAUGUUCUAAUGACUAUAUAAGAGCCUUUGUUCUGCGAUAUACACCCAAUGGGAGUCUUUGA